GUAAUCAGUAAAAGAAAUGCAUGGCCGUGUCUUGGCUUACUACCUCUUAUCGCUUAUCGUUGGCCACCAAGUUACAUACGCACCACUGCAGAAGCAAGCUGUCCUUCCUUUCUAUUAGAAAUCAAACACAUCUGAAAUCAGGUAUUUAGACCCCCAAGGACUUCUUCCUGAACCAGCAAUUUAGUUCUACCAUACAAUCAGAUACUUACAUCAUUUACCAGAAACGAAUCAUCAAAAUGGUUCUCUUAAAAAACCUCGUGUUCGCCGGCCUCGCCACAGUAGCAACGGCUUCCUCUGCCGUCAUCGAUCUCAUUCCUUCGAAUUUUGAUCAAUUUGCCUUCGAGGGCAAGCCGGCAUUAAUCGAAUUCUUUGCACCAUGGUGCGGACAUUGCAAAACUCUUGCUCCGGUUUAUGAGCAGCUUGCCCAGGACUUUGCAUUUGCAAAGGAUAAGGUCACAAUUGCGAAAGUCGACGCGGAUGCCGAAAAGAGCUUGGGAAAAAAAUUCGGUGUUCAAGGUUUCCCAACCAUCAAAUAUUUCGAUGGAAAGAGCAAGACUCCAGAGGAUUACAGUGGAGGCAGAGAUAUUGAUAGCUUGACGGAUUUCAUCACAAAGAAGACUGGCAUUAAGCCCAAGAAGGCGAAGGCUGCCCCAAGUGCUGUUGAGAUGUUGAACGAUAAGUCAUUCAAAGAACAAAUUGGUGGUGCUAAGGAUGUCAUUGUUGCUUUUACUGCACCAUGGUGUGGCCGUAAGUUCAGCCUAUUUCAAUAUACACUGUGGCUUGCUAACCUAUGUUGUUGCAGACUGCAAGACUUUGGCACCAGUCUGGGAGAAGGUCGCUCAAGACUUCGCGAAUGAACCUAAUGUCCUCAUCGCUAAGGUUGAUGCCGAAGCAGAAAACUCUAAGGCAACAGCUAAGGACCAAGGCGUCACCUCUUACCCCACCAUUAAGUUCUUCCCUAAGGGAAGCACCGAAUCCGAAGCAUACUCUGGUGGACGUUCCGAGAAGGACCUCGUCGAAUUCAUGAACAGCAAGGCCGGUACACACCGUGCUGUUGGCGGUGGACUUGAUGCUACUGCCGGUACCAUUGAAGCUUUGGAUGCUCUUGUCGCCAAAUUCACCGGCGGUUCAAGCAUUGCCGAAGUUGCCGCAGAAGCUACCAAGGCUGCCCAAGAAUACAAGGAGGGUGCUCAAUUCAAGUAUGCAGAGUACUAUGUUAAGGUCUUCGACAAGUUGAGCAAGAGCGAUAACUACGCCGCCAAGGAGCUUGCUAGAUUGGAUAGUAUUAUCAAGAAGGGAGGUUUGGCACCAGAGAAGUUGGAUGAAUUCACAAGCAAGACCAACAUCUUGAGAAGAUUCAUCGAGAAGGCAACUGGAAAGUCCGAGUUGUAAAUGUGUAAUUUUUCAAUGUAAAGAGGGUUAUAGAAAUGACCUCGACAAGAAAAGUUUGUUUUGGACUAUCCUCGUGGGGUCCUGGAUUACUGUUUGCUAAAUAAACAAUU